AUGUCCAAACCCUCAAUAUCUCCGCCGAUUGUUCUGCUGGCCUUUAUCCUCGUCUCCUUAUACAGCCAGGCCGUGUCUGCCGAUGGAGCAAUUACAAUCACUGCAGCCGCCGCCUACUCUUCUCUGCUUCCCUGUGCACAGGAAUGCAUCUAUAGCCCCGACCUAGGCUGUCCCAACGUCCCCGAUCCCGUUGGCAACGCCAUCGGCUGCUACGACAACCUCAACGCCGGGUGCGAAAAGGUCCCAUGGGCGAUGGACAGCUGUUACUGCCGAAGUGACCUGCAAAUCAAUGCUGUCAGCGCCAUCAGCAAAUGCGUCUUCUCUCUGUGCACCCUUGGCGGCUCGAUGGGUGAUUUUACAUCGGUUUCGAACCUGUAUACUGGGUAUUGUUCAGGGGCUGGGUUUCCUGUAACCAUUGCUGCUGCUGCCGCUUCGACUGCGGCGGCGCCUCUGAUUACUUCGAGUACAGCCGUCACGUCGAGUUCGCCGAGCUCAAAUUCUGGCCCUUCUUCUCUCUCGCCUUCAGGUUCUUCCUCGUCGUCAAGCUCCUCGUCAAGCUCCCAGGAUAAUGGUGGUGCCGGCGGUCUUUCUUCAGCCGCCAUUGCAGGCAUUAGUGUGGCGGGCUCGUUGGCUGGAGUCAUAUCUGCCGCUGUAGCCCUGUAUGAACUUCGCCGUCGCCGACGCAGAUAA